UUCAGCUAUUUGAAAUUAUUUGAUACCGCACUUAAAAAAUUACCAAAAGUAAAAGGCAAUAUCUGGCGAGCUGUACCUGGAAAUUUAGCCAGUAAAUAUAAACCAAAUCAACUGUUGACUUGGUGGACUAUUAGUUCCUGUUCAACAUCAGCUGACGUUGUCAAAGCUUUUCUCAAAUCGAAUCAAGAAGCAACACUCUUCAUGAUCGAAGCAGUCAACGGAAAAGAUCUGACUGGCUAUACAAUGUAUCCCGAUGAACACGAAGUCAUUUUGGGAGUUGGCACCCAAUUACGAGUCAAAAAUGUUGGAUUUGAACAUAAUAAUUUGCAUUUAGUAGUUUUGGUAGAAAUUGAUGACGAUGACGAUGACGAUGAUGAUAAUGAUGAUGAUCAAACGGGAUUAGCAGCAGCGAUGGCAACAACAUAUGUAACACCAAAAUCAUCCGAAUCUACCAAAAAAAUAACAUCUGGUAAGUCAUCUAGUUAUUUUCGUUGUUUUUUCAUUCGACAUGGCAGGAGAACAAGAACUAAAUCGAAAUAAUUUAAGGUCUGGCAAAGUGAAGUUGUAGAUGUUCUAUUAAAUAAUUUAAUAUAAAAUGAAUGUAAGUUUAUUCAACGAAUCAUUAAACUUGUACCGUUUGAAUUAGAAAAUUUAUUAAUAUAUAUUUGAUUAUUGCAUACGUAUGUAUUGUCAAUUUCACGUCGUAUGAUUUUAUUCAUUCAUAUCUAUUGUGUGAUACAGAGCUGCCAGCCUGGCCUGCUGGCCUGCACCGGCCUGCCAGCCUGCCAGGCCAGGCUACCAGGCCAGGCCGAGUUUUAAGAUUUUAGCCUGGCCUGCUCCAGGCCGGAUUAGAUUCAGCCUGGUCUGCAGGCCAGGCCAGGCCAACAUUUGUGGCCUGAAUGACAUGUAGUCAAAUUUUUCGGGCAUUGAUCCAUUCUGAUUAGAAGUGGCAUUGCAGAUUUAAAGUACUUUGAUAAAGUAAUUUGAGUUGAAUUUUAAUUUUAAAAGUCCUAAUAAAUUUUAAAAUUCCUAAUAAAUUUUAAAAUGACAUGCUUUAAUUUUAAGACAAACACCUGUUGCAUGCCUUGAUUCCCGACAUUUUAUACGAGUCUUUUCGUAAGCAGAAUUGUGAAUGUAUCGCCUCACAGUGUCCUGCGAUGAAUGA